AUGGAGCGCGGCGGAGUUCACGGGCGAGUAGUUCCAUCGCGACUUGCAAUUGUUCGAAUGCGACGCGCAUCCGAGCAAAUGGCUUACAUCUUAUACAGAUUAUACUUCGCAACCCUGAAGACUGGCUACAAACCGAAACCGACACGAAACAGCAAAUAUUUCCACAUCGAGGAUGAGAUCGUCUACGAGAAUUUCUAUUUCGACUUCGGGCCCUAUCACCUGUGCCACUUGUAUCAGUUCUGCACCAAGCUCAACGAGGAACUGGAGAAAAACCCGAAGAAGAAGAUCGUCUUCUACACGAGUAACAACGAGACCCUCAGGCUUAAUGCCGCCUACCUCAUUGGAAGUUAUCAGAUAAUAUACCUGGGCGGGUCACCAGCGGCCGUGUACAAACAGCUGACGGCGGGCAGCGAUUGGUCACUGCUGAGCUUCCGCGACGCGUCCGGUGGUCCGCCGCUCUUCGACAUCUCCCUACUGGACGUGCUCCACGGCCUGAAGGUGGCACACGACGCCCGCUUCUUCGACUUCCAGCACUUCGACGCCGAACAGUACCUGUUCUACGAGAAAGUGGAGAACGGCGACCUGAACUGGAUAGUGCCGGGCAAGAUGCUCGCGUUCUCGGGGCCGCACCACCGGUCGCGCUUGGACCGCGGCUACCCGCUGCACAGUCCGGAGCACUACCACCGCUACUUCCGCGACCACCGCGUCACCACGGUCGUGCGCCUCAACAAGAAGUCGUACGACGCGCGCCAGUUCACCGCGCACGGGUUCGAGCACCGCGAGCUGUUCUUCGUGGACGGCUCCGUGCCGUCGGACCUGAUCGUGAACAGGUUCAUCAGGAUCGCGGAGGUCGCCAAGGGCGCGGUGGCCGUCCACUGCAAAGCCGGCCUCGGCAGGACGGGAACCCUGAUAGCGUGCUACAUGAUGAAGCAUCACGGCUUCACCGCCAGAGAGGCAAUCGCCUGGCUGCGGCUGUGCAGGCCGGGGUCCGUCAUCGGCCAUCAGCAGUGGUUCCUCGAGAAUGUUCAACCUCGAAUGCACGCGGAAGGCGAGGCGUACCGGCGGCGGCACAAUAUAACCUCACUGCCUGUGUUCUCUCGCGGCAUCUACUGCUCGCUGCCCACUCCGCCCGAGGCGCCUGACAAGCCCAGCGUUGGGGAUGACAAGCCUGUCUCCCUCCAGACUAUACUGGCCAGCAAAAAUACCAACAAGCUGGACAACUCGAAUGCGCUGAACGCGAACGAAGCGGACACGGAGAACAACGUCACUUCGGUGAUCGGCAAGUACAGGACCACGCCCACUCCGAUGCUGCCGACGAAGGCGGUCUUCGCGCCGAAGCUGAACUACAUGACGCCGACGAGCAACGUGCGCAACUCCAACGGCACCAACCUGAAGCCGCAGCCGAGGAUCAACUCGACGCUGAAGUCCCACUACGCGGCGAAGACCUCCACCUUCCCCCCCACGAGGGGCGCCAACUCGCAAGCGAGCAAGCUCGUCGCCGGCGUCAAGUCAUCGUUCCAGGGCAAGGGCAGCUUCCACGGCCAGAGGGCGAAUUUAGCGCGGCCCGCUCUGAGCUACAGCCACGGCGGCAGCCCACUAAAACCCUUCACGAGGAAGGCGGCGAGUGUCUGCAAGAUGGCGUCCAACGAAACGGCCCCUGUCAGCGCGCCGAGCAACGUGACCUCGCUGUCGGCGCUGACCGAGAACUGCCACCUGAACGGCAAAAACCGCCUCCCGUCCGAGCCAAACUUGAAGGCCGGGCGAGUGGGCGACUCGAAGGGCGGGUCGAACAACGUCCCCGCGCGCAAAAAGCUCCUGAUCCGCUCCAACUCCAGCACCAGGAAGAAGCUGCCGAAGAGCCCGCCCAAGAGCGGGCUGGAGGCGUCGCAGGAGCUAUCCUCUAGCGACACGAACGUGACGAACAUGUCGGCUGACUCGCUCGAUGCGCCGUUCAGGUUCAGACGGAAACGCGACAAGUCGACCAGCCCCGAGCCGAUGGACUGCAUCGCCAACUCGGUGAUAACGGCCGACGUAACGCCCGACAACUACGAGGAGACGAACAACUCGCAGGGGAACAAACUCUACAAGAUAAAGGCGCUGAGGAAGAAGUGCCCCGCCUUCCUCCUCAAGAAGGAUAGCGUUCAGACAAGGUCGAGCAGCUGUAGUACUUCCAGCGUGAAGAGGAAA